UCCGUACUGUGCGUUCCACAUACAGGAAGUGAGUUUUCAUCGACUGCUGCAGCCUCCCAGUGUCCGUGGAGAUCAGGAACUCCAGCUGUGAGGAACGGAGUCUUUAUUACACAUCACAUGUUCUGUAUUCUCUCUGAUUCACCGAGGAUGGACAAGGACAGGAGUCACAGGACUGAGAGGAUAAUAAAUAUCACCCUGGAGAUCAUCUACCUGCUGACUGGGGAGGAUUACACAAUAGUGAAGAAGACAUCCAAGAAGUAUGAGACACCCAGCAGCCAUCCCCCUGUAUCAGGAGGACUGAGUAGAACCCAGAGCCUCAUCACGGUGCCUCCACCUCACUCACUGACACAUGAGAGACACAAUGAUCAGAAGAUCCUGGAACUCACCAAGAAGAUCAUUCAGUUGCUGACUGGAGAGGAGAGGGAGUAUAUAGAGGAACACAGGGGUCUGUACAAGGACGUGAUGAUGGAGAAUCACCGGCCCCUCACAUCACUGGAUGAGCCCAGUAACAGAGAUACCCCAGAGAGAUGUCCCCGUCCUCUGUAUUCCCAGGAUUGUACAGAGGAGAAUCACAGGAUCCCACAGGAGGAUCAGGGUGAAGCCCAAUUAAAUAAUAUUAAAGUCAAAGAUAUAGAAGGAGAAGAAGAGACGUAUGUGUCUGAUAUAAAGGCAGAAGAUAUAGAGGGAGAAGAGACGUAUGUGACUGAUAUGAAGGCAGAAGAUACAGAGGGAGAAGAAGAGACGUAUGUGACUGAUAUGAAGGCAGAAGAUAUAGAGGGAGAAGAAGAGACGUAUGUGAGUGGUGAUCAGCAGUGUAAGGAGGAGGAAAUCCCUACAGAUACCAGCACAGCAGAUGGACACACAAGCAGGAAUAUCUCAGAAGGACAUCUAAUGUUAUCCCCGGAUUGUGACAUAAAAGAUAAUGACAGUAGACAGGAUUCUCCAGGAGAUAACCCCAUUACCCCUAUUAUACAUCCAGCUCUAUCAGCUGAUCCCUCUGAUCCUGGGAAAUGUUCUCCUGAUCACUCUGAUAUUGGUGCAUCUGUUACAGCUCCGACAGUAGAUACAGUGUUUCCCUGUUCUAUAGAUGCCAAAUGUUUUACAAAGAACACGAAGCCUAAUAACCCACACACAGGUAAGGCAGGUGAGAGGCCACUGAUAUGUUCUGAGUGUGGGAAAUGUUUUACAUACAAAUCACAACUUGUUAUACAUCAGAGAAGUCACACAGGUGAGAAGCUGUUUUCUUGCUCUGUGUGUGGGAAAUGUUGUGUAAGUAAAUCACAUCUUGUUAUACAUCACAGAAGUCACACAGGUGAGAAGCCAUUUCCAUGUUCUGAGUGUGGGAAAUGUUUUGUAAGUACAUCACAACUUGUUACACAUCUGCGCAGUCACACAGGUGAGAAGCCUUUUCCAUGUUCUGAGUGUGGGAAAUGUUUUGCACACAAAUCACAUCUUGUUAGACAUCAGAGAAGUCACACAGGUGAGAAGCUGUUUUCUUGCUCUGUGUGUGGGAAAUGUUGUGUAAGUAAAUCACAUCUUGUUAUACAUCACAGAAGUCACACAGGUGAGAAGCCAUUUCCAUGUUCUGAGUGUGGGAAAUGUUUUGUAAGUAAAUCACAACUUGUUACACAUCUGCGCAGUCACACAGGUGAGAAGCCUUUUCCAUGUUCUGAGUGUGGGAAAUGUUUUGCACACAAAUCAGAUCUUGUUAUACAUCAGAGAAGUCACACAGGUGAGAAGCUGUUUUCUUGCUCUGUGUGUGGGAAAUGUUGUGUAAGUAAAUCACAUCUUGUUAUACAUCACAGAAGUCACACAGGUGAGAAGCCAUUUCCAUGUUCUGAGUGUGGGAAAUGUUUUGUAAGUAAAUCACAACUUGUUACACAUCUGCGCAGUCACACAGGUGAGAAGCCUUUUCCAUGUUCUGAGUUCAAAGCAAUAUUCAAGAACAUUACAGAAACAUUUUCAAAAACAAAAGGAGGGCAUACAAAAUAUCGCGUAGCAUAUAUCCAUCAGUACACCACACAUAGAGCGCCCUUAGCCGAUGAAUAUCUGUCUGUAUUUCUGUCAUCAUUAAAGUUUAUAAGUGAAGAGCAUAAUAUCAAAAAAGCAUCAAUGAAUGGGAAAGAGGUAAAAGAAAAAAGGAGAAGAGGAAAAGAGGAUGAGCAAGGGAAGGAUUAUUCGGUGGUACUCUCGAAAGCACGGAAAGCGUUUUCCCCAAUAUGCUCUAAGCUGGUACAACUCGGCAGGAAAUUCUCACUAUUAUACCCUGCAAGGCUCUGUAUUUACUCAGGCACCUCCUUUACAGAUUUCUUCUCGGCAGAUGACGCGGAUGCUUUCUUAAAUGAGGAGGAAGAUUCUGUACGACCACAUGGAGAUGCAUCUGUGGACAUAUGA